AUGAUCAUCCAUCCGCCCUCCUUCACUGAUAAUUCACGCUUCCUUAUUCUCUCAUCGUCCGCCCAUCUUAUCUCUUCAACUGCUCACUUUUAUCACAUAUAUCGCCCUCCUACUCUCAUAAUCGACCCUUCCUUAUUCUCUCAUCGUCCACUCUCCCUACUUCUCUCAUUAUCCGCCUUUCCUAUUUCUCUCGUCAUCCACCCGCCCUCAUUCUCUCAUCUUCCGCCCGAUCUCCUUAUCCUUUCCUAUCGAUACCCACUCUAUCGUUCACCAAUCAAUAAUUUAAUUCCCAACCUCUCUUCCUCCUUUUCUUUCUCUCUUUCUUUUCUUUCUUCAAUCCUUCCUUCCUUCCUUCUUUCUUUCAUUCUUUUCUAUCUCUCUUCCUUUUGCUUUCUUCAUUCUUUCUUUCCUACUCUCCUUCCUUCCUUUUUCUCUGUUUCCUCUCUUCCUUCAUUCCUUCCUUCCUUUCUCCUUUCCUUCAUACAUUCCUACUUCUUUUCCGUCAUCCUUUCCUAA